GCGCCCCCCGACGGGGCGGACGCAGCUCCGCCCGCCCAGGAUGACGCUCCGGGGCGGCUCCCUCCCGAUCCAGCGCGCCGGAUCCCUCCUCUCCGGGCGGCGCCUGGCCUCGCCUCUCUGCGGAAGCGCCCCGCCGUACCUGGCGCGAUGGACUUCGACCUGGCGGCAGCGCUGGGGCCCGAUCCCCCGAAGCCCGACCCCGUGGCGGAGAUGAAGCCGGGCCCGCGCAGCGGCGGCGCGCCUGCCCAGCCGUCGGGGGCGCCUCCUGCGGCGGAGGACGCAGCAAAGAGCCUCGCGGAAGGCGGGCCCCGAUCCGCAUCCGACUCCAGCAGCAGCUCCUCCUCCUCCAGCGACAGCGACCAGGAGCGCAAGGACCCUGGCACCAGCCGCCAGAAGAAGCUGAAGAAGCCCAAGAAAGAAAAGAAGCCCCAGAAGGAGAAGAAGGAAGAGAAGCGCCACUGAGCCUGCGCACCCCAGGGCCCCUCGCUGCACACCUGCCUAAGCCCCACCGGAGCCCAGCACACGCUGCUCCUCCCAGUCCUUUGGCUCAGGACUAACGAGAAAGGCGUUGCUUUCAGACUGUCAAGCGUGUUAUGCUCCUUGGUGACAGUUCAGCAGGGGAAGGGCUUUGCCUUUUGAAGGUUGGAGCAUCAGGGGCUGGAAGGCAGGCCUUGCCUUGUGUGCGGAUGGGCUUUGCUUUCUUCUGCCAGCAGCAAGAGCACCAACUUGGGGUGGCUUUCAGAGACUGGACCAAUUCACAGAGGAGGAGGAGGAGGAGGAGGAGGAGGGCCAUCGAGGGCUCCUGGCCACAGAGGCAGUCAAUGCUUCUGAAUGGCAGGCGCUGGAAACCGCAGGAAGGGAGAAGGCUCUUGGGCUCACAUCCUGCUUGCUGGCUUCUCAAAAGAGGCACCGGAGAACAGGAUGCUGGACUCAGGUGGACCCCCUCUGGUCUGAUCCAGCGGGCUCGGCUUAUGUUUUUUCCUGCUUUUUGCACUAUUGGGACAAAUAAAGGGAGCUGUCUUUUCUGUUGCA